AUGUCAUCCGGAUUCCACCCGUUUGGAGGACGAGUGAGCAGAAGAUUCGGCGAUAAGUCCCUGCAACCAGACGAUGCCUAUCUCAGCUACCACGACAUCCGAUUGACCGUCGAGGACGUUGACUGCAUUAAAAAUGACUGGCUCACCGACAACGCAAUCGCCUUUUGGGAAGAAUACCUCGAACACGAAAAACUCCGCGAAUUCCCAAAGGCCCGCAUAAUCCUCCUCCGACCCAGCAUGGCCUUUAUGCUCCUCCAAACCCAAGACCCCAUGAGUCUGAAAUCCGCCCUCCCUUCGUUCGAAAACACCACCCACAUCUUCCUCCCCGUAAACGAUUGCCGCGACGUCGAAACCGCAGAAGGAGGAAGCCACUGGUCGUUACUGCUCGUCAGCGUCGUCGACGGCGUGGCUUUCCACUACGACUCUCUAUGCCCGUCAAACAUGCAAGAAGCCAAAGUUCUGAGCCACCAUAUCUCACAAUUACUCCAAAAGCCUUUGAAAUUUGUGAAUCUGGAUGAUUCGCCGCAGCAGGAGAAUGGAAGCGAUUGUGGCGUUUUUGUGUGUUUGCUGAUGCAGCAUUUAUUGUUGGGCAGGUUGCUGCAGGCUCAUGCGAAUGACAAGGUCAGUAUGAGUAUGAAGGGGAAGAAUGUUGACGCCACGGGUGGCAGAAAGGAGAUGUUGAGGGUUAUUGAAAUGUUCCGCAAGGAAGGGGAGAGGAGGCGCUCGUGA